UCCCAACACUGAGUAUAAAUACAGAAGCACACAGACAAACUGCAUUGACUAGCAGCUCAACAGACAAAAAAAAGUCUCACGUGAACAACUUCAAAUCGCUUUUCCUAAUCCGAUCUCAUUAACAACUGAAAUGGCUGGCGAAGAUUUUUUAAUGAUGGAAAGCUACUUUAACAGCGACUGUGGAUUUGACUCAGAUGAUGCAGAUUUUGAUGAGCUGGACUGCUCUGAUCCUUUGGCCAUGAGCGGCAGAUGUGACCUGCACAAAGGAAUCCGUAUCCAGGUCACCAAGGAGCCUUUUAGCAUGCGCAGUGUUGCUAACGUUAUAAUCGCUCUGCAGAGGAUGAAGCACACUCAACAUGUUCAGUCCACAGAGUUCACUGACCAGGACCUCUUCACUAUCUUCAUGGAGAAUGUGAUUGAAGAGAGCAUAGUGAUCGAUCUGAAGUGUAGUGAAUCCAAGAGUUACAGCAUGCAGGACAAGACUGUGCAGUGCACAAUAUGUGACAAGUCUAAAAGGGCCUUGGUGCGAAGAGACAAGCUUCCUAUACUGCUGGCCAUUACUCUGAAAGGUGGAAAUGAGGAGAAUAAAGCAUGGUUCAAUCUCUCAGCCUACAACCCACCAAACUGCAGAGGAAACACAAAAGGCCAGCCUGUGUGUUUGGGGAUUGUGAAGAGCAACCUGUUUCUGUCAUGUACAAUGCAGAAUGAUACUCCUUUUUUAGGCAUAGAGGAGGUAAAAGACAAAGAGAGCCUAAAGAUCAUCAAGGAGAACGAUGGAAUGGAGCGCUUCCUUUUCUUGAGAAACGGACCCGGUGACUCGCUGAACACCUUCGAGUCGGUGAAAUACCCGGGCUGGUUCAUCACCACGUCCAAGGACGACUUUAAGCCAGUGCAAAUGACACAUCAGCAAACCAGCCACCUGCAGUUGUUCACGCUCCAUGAUGAGACAGUAGUCUCUCAGAAUGAGUUCGUGGCUAUGUGUCCUAUAUGCCUGUGUCCCAUAAUUAAACAUAUAUGUGAAGUAGAGGCCACAUUGGGAAGCAUGGCGGCCCGAGGGGUGCGGGAUUUAAGCACUCUCACACGGCGCCAUGGUGUUAAGGUGGCGUCUGCAGCCAGUGUUGAAGACGUGUGUUUGGCCAUAGGGGAAGUUGUAGGCUCUGAAUGUAUUAUGGCAGCAUCUAGAAUGAACUAUGCAACCGUAGUGUUUCUCAGUACUGUUGAAAAAGUGACUGAAUUGGUAGCCAGUAGAAUAGUAAUAAACGGGGUGCUCAUUGAUGUUCUGCCACUGUCUACGCCAUCGAAGAAAGUUACUCUCUCUAAUGUCCCACCGUUUAUUAGUGAUAAAAUCUUACUCGAAGCCCUUUCUCGCCACAGAAAACCCGUUUCCUCUGUUAAAGAGAUUCCGAUCACAAGCAAGUCACCAUGUCUCAAAGAGGUUGCUUCUUUUAGGAGAUUUGGGUACAUGAUUGUUAAAGAUAAUGCUGAACUUGACAUAGCGUUUAAUUUCCGUAUAGAUGGGUUUGAUUAUGUAGUGUUCGCCACUACCGGCAAAAUGAGGUGUUUAUGCUGUGGUAAAGAAGGUCACCUAGUCCGCACCUGUCCUGACCGAUUUAAUAAAGACAACGGCACUAAGCCACAGAACACAAGCACCGAACCAGCAGUACACCAGGCACCCGAGUCUAACCGGCUGAAGCAGACCCAGUACCGCGGAGGGAGAGAACGAGCACGGACGAGCGAGAAAAAGAUUAGCGACGAUGGCAUUGAAACGGCGGCAGAACAGAGGCUCUUUAAAAUCUCUGAUGAAAAGGAAAAAAGCAAUAAAGAUGACAGUCCCAGACUCGUUAAAAAAGCGGACAUAGCUGAAAGUGGUGAACUUGAUAGUGAUAGUGAGAUGUCUGACUCCAGCACCUCUCUAUCACAGGCUGAGUGUUUGAGCAGCAGUUAUGAUGCAGAGGACAUUAAGCUGUUUCUAAGGUCAACCAAGAACAUAAGGGGAGUGAGGGUCAGCGAAUAUUUUCCUGACCAAAAAAUUGUCUGUGUGAGUAAAUGUCUGACCUGUGAGUAUAAAUACAGAAGUACAAAGACAAACCAUAGCAGCUCAACAAGCAGAAAAAGUGAGUCUCACGAGGACACCUUCAAAUUGUCGAAUCCAAUCUCAUUAACCACUGAAAUGGCUGACAAAGAUUUGUUAAUGCUUCAAAGCUACUUUAACAGCAACUGUGGAUUUGACUCAGACGACGCAGAUUUUGAUGAGCUGAACUGCUCUGAUCCUUUGGCCAUGGGGCUGAAGCACACUCAACAUGUUCAGUCCACAGAGUUCACUGACCAGGACCUCUUCACUAUCUUCAUGGAGAAUGUGAUUGAAGAGAGCAUAGUGAUCGAUCUGAAGUGUAGUGAAUCCAAGAGUUACAGCAUGCAGGACAAGACUGUGCAGUGCACAAUAUGUGACAAGUCUAAAAGGGCCUUGGUGCAAAGUGACAAGCUUCCUAUACUGCUGGCCAUUACUCUGAAAGGUGGAAAUGAGGAGAAUAAAGCAUGGUUCAAUCUCUCAGCCUACAACCCACCAAACUGCAGAGGAAACACAAAAGGCCAGCCUGUGUGUUUGGGGAUUGUGAAGAGCAACCUGUUUCUGUCAUGUACAAUGCAGAAUGAUACUCCUUUUUUAGGCAUAGAGGAGGUAAAAGACAAAGAGAGCCUAAAGACCAUCAAGGAGAACGAUGGAAUGGAGCGCUUCCUUUUCUUGAGAAACGGACCCGGUGACUCCCUGAACACCUUCGAGUCGGUGAAAUACCCGGGCUGGUUCAUCACCACGUCCAAGGACGACUUUAAGCCAGUGCAAAUGACACAUCAGCAAACCAGCCACCUGCAGUUGUUCACGCUCCAUGAUGAGACAGUAGUCUCUCAGAAUGAGUUCUGAUUCAGAAAAACAGUUUCCAGAAAGUAUGUACUAAGUACUAAGUGUAAAUCUGGAGGCUCAUUUUAUGUUUAAGUUUAUCUCAGCUCGAGAUACCUGACUGUCUUGUGAUUGUUGGUGGUUU